UCUGAACACAGAACUGUAUCACGAUGUUCAAACUGUCUCCUUACUUUGUAUGAUCUGACUGUUUAUAAAGGCUGUGUAGUGUUAUUACCUUCAUUUUGAAGACCGGAAAGGUACAAUAAACGCCUUUAUUCUGAAACAGGAAGUACCGUAGCUAUGUAGCUAGCGUACAGUGAGGAUGGACGGAAAUUAAAUCCACUAUUGGCUUUUCUAGUCAUUUUCCUCAUGAGCGAAUUGAAACGAGCAGCAAGGUUAAGGCCCUGAGGGGGAGAUGACAAAGGAGGAUGUUUCAGAGCCUGUCGAGGGAGACACUGUGCUGGGCUGGGCCUCUUCCCAUCAGCGGCCGGUUAUCCACCAGGUGGCCUCUGCACCCAUGCCCAGUGACUGUGAGUUCUCCUUCUUUGACCCCAGUGAGCCGCAGUGCAGGGAGGUUCUUCUGGAUCCCAACACCACCAUACCAGAGCUGUUCGCUGUCCUUAGGCAGUGGGUGCCCCAGGUUCAGAAGAACAUCAACCAUAUAGGCAAUGAGAUCCUGAAGAGAGGCUGUGGCGUGAAUGAUCGAGACGGUCUGACAGAUAUGAGCCUCUUGCACUACUGCUGCAAGGCUGGGGCCCCGGGCAUCGGUGAUGCCGAGACAGCAGCCAGCUUUGCUCGCCAACUCCUUUCCCUGGGUGCUGAUCCCAACCUUCGCUCGCGAUGGACUAACAUGAGGGCCCUGCACUAUGCAGCCUACUUCGACGUGCCGCAGCUUAUCCGGGUAGUGUUGCAGGCUUCCCAGCCUGGAGAGGUAGAUGCCACCUGUAGUGACUUUGACUUUGGCACCGCCCUGCACAUUGCUGCAUCCAACCUGUGCAUGUCAGCUGUCAAAUGUCUCUUGGAGCUGGGAGCCAACCCUGCUUUCAGAAAUGAAAAAGGGCAGUGCCCAGCAGACGUGGUGCCUGACCCUCUUGACAUGCCCUUGGAUAUGGCAGAUGCAGCCGCUGUGGCCAAAGAGCUACGGACUUUGCUGAGGCGUGCUUUACCCAGACCCAGUUCCCCUCUGCCCCUCACACUGCAAGCCCAGUCCCCUCCUGCUCUCUCUGAUAAGGCCAAGAUACAGCUCGCCACCAUGGGAAUCAGACUGGGUGACUGUGUGGUGAUUGCUGGACAGAAGGUUGGAACCCUGCGAUUCUGCGGCAGCACUGAGUUCUCUGGAGGCCUCUGGGCUGGAGUGGAGCUGGACAAGCCAGAGGGGAAGAACGAUGGCUCAGUAGCAGGGGUUCAGUAUUUCACCUGUCGAAUGAAACAUGGAAUCUUUGCUCCCCUCUCUAAAAUAAGUAAACCUUUGGAGAGACAUAAAACCAGCACCACAAAGACUUCUACACCUAUACGCCCCCCUCGUCGCAUUGACCUCUCCCGCAUCACCUCCAAAAUAAACACAGGUGUUCUCUCCCGCUCUCUGUCCUCUUCGUCCUCUUCGCUGGAUUCUCGGCAUGGUCCAGGUGCCCGACCUCGUCCACUGCCGAGGCAGCGUCUUCCUCCAAGGCCCCGAAGGGAGCGCGUUUCCCUGAGUCCCAGGACUGCGCCCUCACCGGCCCUCCGCUCUUCUCCUGAUAGCACUGCACUUACUACUGCAGGUCUUCGAAGCCGAACCCCCUCAGCUAGUAGCUCUGUGUGUGGGGGCCCUGAGGUGCGCCUGGGGGAGAGGGUGCUGGUGGUAGGCCAGAGAACCGGUGUAGUCCAAUUCUAUGGAAAGACCAGAUUUGCUCCAGGGCUCUGGUUGGGCAUUAAACUGGACAAGCCAAGUGGUAAGAAUGAUGGAUCAGUGGGAGGAGUGAGGUACUUCAGCUGCCCACCAAAACAUGGCGUUUUUGCUCCUCCGUCUCGUGUUCAAAGGAUCCAUGGGUCUGUUGAUUGCCUUUCAGAGCUCUCCUCCUCACGCCUCAGUCAUCCUUACAGUGGGACAAUCCGUCGCAGCCUCAGCACAUCAUCGGCCAUCGCCACCCCGAAAGAGACGAGCAGAAGAAGUCCUGUUACUAGGAGUCGUUCCAACCCUCACCGUCGGCGCUGGAGCAGCCUCAGCGGUGGUGUUCCCGGGAACACGGCAGGGUCCAGUCCCACACCCAGCUUUGACGGACAGGUCUGCCUCCACGUGGGCAUGCAGGUCCUGCUCACCAGCGCCAAUGAGAUGGCGUUCAUACGUUACCUGGGCACUGCAGACUUUGCCCCGGGCCUUUGGCUCGGUCUGGAGCUCCGAAGCCCCAAGGGCAAGAAUGACGGCUCUGUGGGCGGCCGCCGUUACUUCACCUGUCGACCCGGCCAUGGCGUUCUGGUCCGUCCCAGCCGCAUCACCUACCGUGGCAUCAACGGUUCUCGCCUGGUGAAUGAAAACAGCUGAGGCCUGUAGGAACCAGAGCGGGGAGGUGUUUUGAAUUUCUGUUUAUGAAACUUCUUGUUCUUUUUUGCGUUUCACAUCAUUUUCUCAUUCAUAUAGUUAUUCCUCUAUGCUCAGUUACAGUAAUAAACCUGCUUAUUAAUAGUUUAUUUAAACUACUAGAUUUAGCUUUUAGAAAAAUGUAGGAGGCAAAGGAAGCACUUUAUAGAAUUGACUUUAAAUUCUUAUUAGAAUUUGUCUUGGCAGGAUGAAAAGGGGAAAAAGUCUUAAUAGGACAUAAAACACUGCACUACUUUAAUCUGAUUGCACUGACAGACAUCAGUAUGAUAGAUCAGAUAAGAUCGGGAUGGUAUGGAUGUGCGUACAUGGAAAACUAUUUCUAUACCCAAAGCUAAUUCUGAUCACAUCAAAUAAAGAUUUUAUCUGAUCAUUUAGGUGCUAAUGUAGCCUACUUUCUAACCAAAAGGGUGCAUGUGUUUGUGAUUAUGAGCGCGGGUGCAUGUGUGUAUCAGUUAAGAGCACUUUGAAACAGGAGAGAUUGAAUGAUUUUUACAGGGUCGUCACAAGGCUUACAGUUAUUGAUGGUAGUCAAAACUGAAUCUUUACUUUAUGAAUCAAUGUGAAUUAAGCAAGAUUUAAUAAGCCUACAUCUCUAUCAAUCUCCUUCAGAAUACACCUGCAUCAACGGAAGUCGUUUUCUCCUACGUACAUCAGUCACUGCCACAGGCUGUCUAUUAAGCCUACACAGAUAAAUGAUGGUUACAUGGUGCUGUGCACAUCAAAAAUACCUACCUAUUGCCCCUUUGGCUUUGAUUCUGUUAUUGUUAGCUGCUGACAUUGUUGAGGCAGGCACACAGACUGCACAGCAGAAUGAGGAGGAUAUUUCUAAAAAACAAAACAAAACAUAUAGUGUAGUAUAGUAUAGUACGAAAAUAAUAUCUCUCAAUCAUCACUUCCAACCCUCUAGAAGUGUGUGGCAGUGUCCGUAUCUAUAGAGACCCUGCCCUCUGCCUGUAUUUUCUUUUGUCUGGGAUGUUUUUGGGGCGUCAGUGGAUGUGUAGCCCUGAGUCAGCAUGCAGGGUGUGAGGUUGAAACACUAUAAAGAUGUAGUGACCAGAGGCCUGUAAUGCGAAGCAAGUUAAACAUACCCAGGAUAUCUUUUUCUUAUCUGGCUUUACUAACCCUAACAACCACAUGACAGUGGUAAUCAACUCAGUAAAUCAACUCACUGUUUCCCAGUCUAGCCAUGAGCAUGUUCACCUAAACAGGGCGGUGUUUGCUGCAUAUGACCAAUCUCAAUCUCAAAGUAGUAGCAGGAUGUUACAAAUGAAGCACAAACAAUGAUAUUAGACAUACAAAGGAGUUGUACAAAGAAGUACAAAGAAAUACAAGGAAGAAAGAACAGAUAAACCAACUCAGUUGCAGUUGAAGAGAAGCUGGCAAUGAAAUGGAGACUGAAUGGGUAAAUUAAUACGCUCAUAACAUCACUGCCUCAUCAUUAGGGCACGAGUAGAUCUGACUAUAAUUACAUUUGUGCAUUCUAUUAAAAUAAUGUGUUGCUUAGAUUUAUUCUUAUGGCGUGUAUGACAAUCUUAGCCUCAUUCUUUCAGCUGCAAUGGAUGUGUCUGCUUUUUGAAAUUAAGUUCAUUAAGCAACAAAACGAAAAAUCCAUUAAUGCCAAAAAAAGAUGCUCAAAUAGUGGUUGAAAAACUGAACAUUUACUGAAAACUCAUCCCCUUACCAACACCCAAAUAGAAAAAGGUGGGACGGUACAUGAGCAGGCACACCUAAAGUUCUAAUUCAUAUUAACCUUACCUACUGAAAUACCGAAAUAUAUGCUCUUAAUAUUUAACAUAAAAAGAAGAUUAGAAACCUUUACUUUUAAAGGCUGUGUCAGGUGGUGAUUAAUGGACUUAGAAAACAAAAAAUAUAUAUAAACAUGAUUGAAAGUAGUAAAUAGGCUUACUUUAAUAUAUCUUUGCCAGUCUCUGACCACUCUUUCCCCAUUAAGAGACCCUCUCACAAUCCACGCACCACUCCACAGGAUCAGUAAUCAAUACAUGGGAUCGUCUAUGAAUUAUAUCAUUUUCGAAGAGAAUUGAUUGGUCAUUAGGAGGUGCUUUUAUAGCACUGAUCUCUUAUCUCCAACAUAACAGGUUCGUUGUUCAGCACAAGUUGCCAUGGUGAUAUACCGCAUUGUGAGGCUGAAAACCUGAGGUUGAUCCUGAAGUUACCUAACUAACCCCAAAUCUUGCUUCACAGUACAGGCCUGAGGUGUCAGACCCUAAGUACGCAUCCAAGAGGGGGCUUCUGUGUGCGUCUGAUGUCGUCAAGCCGGGGAGGAGGGUCCAACUUUAAAUGUUUACAUGCUACAAUUGACAAAUCUUACUCAUUCUGCCUUAAACUUCAGCUUGGAAUACACACACACACACACACACACACACACACACACACACACACACACACACACACACACACACACACACACACACACACACACACACACACAGGGCUGAGGAUUCAAGCCUCUUUCCUUCUGUGUGAGCGUCAGAACUGUCACAAUGUCACAUUUUCAAUCUUUACAACCUGAAUGUGAAGAAACCUGAAUGUGGUCCUGUAGUUUGAAAUCUAUCAGACCUGACAGCUUUUCAUUACAGUAUGGUAUCAUUGCAUUAUGUUGUUGAAGACCACAUUUCAGAGCAUUGGAUGUGGCAUAAUUGUAUUUGACGCUUAAUUAAAGCAGCUUGACACAGGAAAUAUGCAAUCAUCCAGAAGUUUCAGGGAUUAGAGUUUGCAAUUUGAUUAGAGCCAUCUGGGCAACUCCGCAGAGAACAAGCCAUCGAUUGUGCAUGUGGAAAACAGGCCCACUAUUCAGUAAAACACUCAUGUACCAUCCAAUUAGGGUGUGUAGGCCACAACAGUAGCUGUAGAAUCUCGAAUGGCCUUCUCUCAUUGAUCUGUCUGGUCAGGCCCCCUGUGAUUGAAAAGCAAUGUUGGUUGCCGAAGGUUGUCUAAAAUAUCUGCCACAGACCUCACAGAUGAAACGAAUGAGCGCAAUCUUUCCAAACUCCUAUUAAAACAUUUUAAUCACCACUUUCUUCUUUAAAAAUAGCUUCUCAUUUGCAUUAAGGCCAUCUCUGUGAUAGUUUGUGGCAUUUGUAAGUGUUCCACAUUUCAAAUCUCCUCUUGAGAUAAACUCUCCUAUUUUGGUGUAUCUGCAAUCCAAAGUAUCACAGCACGAGUGAUUUCAAAUUCCACUGAUGGGUAUGAAAGUAUUUUGGAACGUUCAUGUGGGUAAAAGAUGAUAGCUUUUUUUUUUUUCAUGAAAUUCUUGAUAUGUAAUUUGAGGUGUGUGUGAGAGAGAGGGAUACUGUCUGAUGCAUUUACAUGUUGUGGAAAAUAACAGUAUUUGUACAAAAGAAAAUAAAAGAUUCUAUUCUAAUUUGA